UACUUUAAAGCAAUUUAAAAUGCAGUCUUCAGUUGUAGUCUCUAUGAACAAUGAAUCUAAGUAAGUUUCAUAUAAGUUUCUAUCACUUCUUUUCUAGAUUUGCUGUCUAGGAUCGAUUUGGAUGAACUCAUGAAAAAGGACGAACCACCUCUUGAUUUUCCUGAUACACUGGAAGGCUUUGAAUAUGCUUUUAAUGAAAUUAAUCCUGAAGAAACAGUGCUUCAUAUAUGUAAACCUGAAGAAUUUCGCUGCAAAAACAAACACUGUAUCCAAGCUCGGUGGAAAUGUGAUGGGGACGAUGACUGCCUAGACGGGAGUGAUGAGGACUCUGUCACUUGCUUCAAUCAUAGCUGCCCUGAUGAUCAGUUUAAAUGCCAGAAUAAUCGUUGUAUCCCCAAGAGAUGGAUUUGUGAUGGAGCAAAUGAUUGUGGGAGCAAUGAAGACGAGUCCAACCAAACCUGCGCAGCCAGAACCUGCCAGGCUGACCAGUUUUCUUGUGGAAAUGGGCGCUGCAUUCCCAGAGCCUGGUUGUGUGACAGAGAGGAUGAUUGUGGUGACCAGACAGAUGAAGUGGCAUCCUGUGAAUUCCCGACGUGCGAGCCGCUAACUCAGUUCGUAUGCAAGAGUGGAAGAUGCAUCAGCAGCAAAUGGCACUGUGACACUGAUGAUGACUACGGGGACAGGAGUGAUGAGGUGGGCUGUGUUCACUCUUGCUUUGAUGACCAGUUCAGAUGUCCCAGUGGCCGGUGUAUCCCGGGGCAUUGGGCCUGUGAUGGUGACAAUGACUGUGGAGACUUCAGUGAUGAAACACAAGUCAACUGCACCAAAUCGGACGUUCACUCUCCGGCUGGCUGCACUGGGAAUGAAUUUCAGUGCCGCCCUGAUGGAAACUGCAUCCCGGAUCUGUGGCGCUGUGAUGGAGAAAAAGAUUGUGAAGAUGGCAGUGACGAAAAGGGCUGUAACGGGACCGUCCGACUGUGUGACCACAAAACCAAGUUUUCCUGCAGGAGUGCAGGGAGAUGCAUCAACAAUGCCUGGGUCUGUGAUAGAGAUGUUGAUUGUGAGGAUCAAUCUGAUGAAGAAGACUGUGACAGUUUCUUGUGUGGACCACCCAAGUACCCUUGUGCUAAUGACACCUCCGUGUGCCUGCAGCCAGAGAAACUCUGCAAUGGGAGAAGGGACUGUCCAGAUGGGUCAGAUGAAGGCGACCUUUGCGAUGAAUGUUCUCUGAACAAUGGAGGUUGUAGCAACCACUGUUCUGUUGUUCCUGGAAGAGGAAUUGUCUGCUCCUGCCCAGAAGGACAUCAGCUCAAGAAAGACAACAGAACCUGUGAAAUCGUGGACUACUGUGCUUCCCACCAGAGGUGCAGCCAAGUGUGUGGGCAGCACAAGGACAUGGUCAAGUGCUCCUGUUACAAAGGCUGGACACUGGGUACAGAUGGGGAAAGCUGCACCAGUGUGGAUCCUUUCGAGGCAUUCAUCAUCUUUUCUAUACGCCAUGAGAUUCGAAGGAUUGAUCUGCAUAAAGGAGACUAUAGUCUACUUGUUCCUGGACUGAGAAACACCAUAGCACUUGAUUUUCACUUCAAUCAAAGUUUACUUUAUUGGACAGAUGUUGUGGAAGACAGAAUAUACAGAGGCAAGCUUUCAGAGAAUGGAGGUGUCAGUGCCAUAGAAGUGGUUGUGGAACAUGGCUUGGCUACUCCAGAAGGCCUGACGGUUGACUGGAUAGCAGGCAACAUUUACUGGAUAGACAGCAAUAUGGACCAAAUUGAAGUAUCUAAACUUGAUGGUUCUCUGCGAGCUACACUGAUAGCAGGAGCCAUGGAGCACCCCAGGGCCAUUGCACUGGACCUAAGAUAUGGGUAA